GUUCCAGUGUGACGGGGGUUCUUGUCCCAGAUCGCAGGGGUUAGACAAUAAGGAUCCAAACAGCAGCAUUUCCAUUAAUAACACAGCAUAGAUGGAAUUUAUCUCUCUGUGGUUUUGAGCAGCUGUCGCUGACACACAUACAACAGUUAUAAUUGUAUAAGACGACUUGAAUAAUUCGUCUUCUUUUUUAUUUAACCACUUAAAUAAAUCAAAUAGAUCCCAGGAAAAGAUUCUGACGCUUUAGCAAGGAAAUGGUGAUGGAGAAGCCCAGUCCCCUGCUGGUAGGGCGGGAGUUUGUGAGACAGUAUUACACACUUCUCAAUAAGGCACCAGACUUUCUGCACAGAUUCUAUGGACGAAACUCCUCCUAUGUCCAUGGUGGACUGGAUUCGAACGGGAAGCUGUCAGAGGCAGUCUACGGGCAAGCUGAGAUACAUAAGAAGGUAAUGUCUCUGCAGUUCAGUGAGUGCCACACAAAAAUCCGACACGUGGAUGCCCAUGCCACUCUGAGUGAUGGUGUGGUUGUCCAGGUGAUGGGAGAGCUUUCCAACAAUGGGCAACCCAUGAGGAAGUUCCUACAGACAUUUGUACUGGCUCCAGAGGGUUCCGUGGCCAAUAAGUUUUAUGUUCACAACGACAUCUUCCGAUACGAGGAUGAGGUGUUCGGUGACUCUGAGGCGGAGCUUGAUGAAGAGUCCGAAGAAGAAGCUGAUGAGCCAGAAGACAGGCAACCAUCACCCGAACCCCUCCAGGACAGCCCCAGUAAAGCAAACUGCUAUGAGCCCCAUCCCGUGAGCUGUAACAAUGGCGUGGAAGAAGCUCACGAGGAAGCGGUUAUGGAGCUAGAACCUGAGGUUGCUCCAGAACCCAAGACUGAGGAGUCGAAGCUCAAGGCAGAGGAGAAGGUCAUAGAAGAGUUUGAGGAGAAGGCACCGUCUCCUGUUCCUAUGGAAUCACCACCUAACAUACAGGAACCACCCAAAACUUCAUCUUGGGCUUCUGUGACCAGCAAAAAUUUGCCUCUUGCUGGGACUGUUCCAUCCUCUGGAGCUCAGCCACAUGUUGUUAAAGCACUAAACUCACAGGCCAGGGUUGAGACCAAGCCGGAGGUAUCAUCAGCUACCAUCCGUCCACGUGACCAGCGUAUCCGUGACAGACCUUCAGUAACCUCGAGAGGGCCUAGACCUGAUGGCGUCUCGUCCUCUGACCCUCAAACUGGGAAGCCACACUUCAGCUUUGUGAAUAAAGGAAGGGGAGAUGAGUCGAGUGAAAUGGACAGCAGAAGGGUUGUCAGGUAUCCAGACAGUCAUCAGCUGUUUGUUGGAAAUCUCCCUCACGACAUCGAUGAGAGUGAACUCAAGGACUUCUUUAUGACAUUCGGAAAUGUUGUUGAGCUGCGUAUCAACACCAAAGGCACCGGAGGAAAGAUUCCCAACUUUGGCUUUGUUGUCUUUGAUGACUCCGAGCCAGUGCAGAGAAUUUUAGGAGUUAAACCUAUCAUGUUCCGUGGUGAGGUGCGUCUGAAUGUGGAGGAGAAAAAGACGAGGGCGAUGCGUGAGCGGGAAACUCGCAGUGGAGGCGGAGAAGACCGGCGGGACACGAGGCGUAAUGAGCGCGGUCCGGGCGGCCCGCGGGCCAUCGCCGGGAGCAGCAUGAUGCGAGACCGUGACGGCAGAGGCCCACCUUCACGCGUUUCCACCGUACCUAAAGCAGGCAUGGCCUCUGGGAGGGGCGCAGGUUCUAGCGAGGGCCGUUUUGCUGCUCAGAGGCGUUGAGAGGAGCUCCCCUUAUAGUUUGGUAGUAAAAUGUUCAUUUAUGACGAUAUUGAGAAGUCUAUGUAAAAACAUAUACAUCAGGGUUUUCGUUUUUUUUCUUUCAGUUUUACUUCUUGUGUACACUUGCAUUUUUGCCUUUUGGAAUGUCAGCUGUUUCUUGUGAAACAGAUCAACAACUUGAACAAUGUAAUGACUCAAAACACACUGUUCACUUUAAAUUGGAGUUGUGCUGCAAGUCCUCUGGUUUUUCAUUCAUCAAGUGGUGACCAUUACAGAUGUUAUAGGGAAACAAAUCAGUUAGGUAUAUUUAGUGCUGAUUGAAGUCUAAGUUCUGCUCUGUAAUAUUUCCUUUGACAUUUCCUAUUAGAUUACCUUCCAAUUGCUGUCGGUGUAAAAUGUGCAGAUUGAAAGGUGGCUUUGAAAAAUAUUUUUUUGGUUGUUAGUUUUUUUUUUCAGGCUAGCCUUUUAAUACAUGCUAUUUAGGUAAUUUCACUAAUCGGCUCAUUAAUAAGCUAAAGGCUACCUGUAGACAUAACUGUGAGCUAACAAUUUCAUUUAAUGGUAAUGACUUCAUGCUAAUAGAAAGUUAAAGUACAAGACAGUGAGAGUUUAGACAAGACAUGUCUUCUCCAGUUCUGUUUAUGUACGGUUUUGUUUUUUGUUUUUUUUAUAAUUAUUUUAAUGUACAGAUUUGACAGUACUUUUUUAUGUUCUGGGCCUGCCUGAAUAAGUGAAUGGAGCAUUAUUGAAAGCAUUUGUAAAGUGGAAAGGUACCAUGAAUUUUGUAAAGACGUUUUGGAUUUAUGCUGAAUGUGUUUUUUUUGUAAGGCAGAGUCACUUUAUUGCAUUUUUUUUUUCUUUUUAGUUUUUAUAAUCCUAAUCUCAUUUUGUGAUGUGAGUUUCCUUUUAACAUACAGACACUUGUUCUUGUUUAUUUUAAAUUAAAGCAUAACAGUAUUUAUACAGGGUACAGAGAAACUUUUGCAUUUUUUUGCAUCAAACGUGCAUUUCCGACUUUCCCAAAUGGACUAGUUUUGCGUUCUACAUUUAAAAAAGAAAAAAAAAUGCAAUUGUGGUACUUUAAAUAGCACUGAUUAUAAAAAAAAGUUUAUUUUUUUUUCCCCCUAGACACAUGAGGCUUAAUUUUUUUUACCUGCAGGAACUGUUGGUUUUUUCAGAAUUUUUACCUUAUUGGGAGAAGCAUUAUUUACUGUUCAUUAUUAUUGUUUUUUUUGUUUUUUUUUUCCAUGUGUACCUGUUUAAUUGAUAUCCACACCCGUUUUCCAUUUUCAUAAUGAGGAACGCGUUAAUGCUGUUCUUCAUGAGAGAGAGGAAGCGUAAGUCCAGUGGGGUAGACACUGUUUUCAUUGUGCAGUGGUACUCUGUCUACAAUUUGCACUGAUUUUGUAAGCACAGUUUGAUGUAGCGCUAUUUUUGAUGUUUAAUGUCUUCCGUGUCAGGUAGAUUGCACUUACUGCAGUAUUUCUAGGACAAUCUUCAUCAGGGACAUUGAAUUACUUUUGUUAUCCGUUCAUUUCUUGGGGUGGCUUGUUCUCUUUGGUUGCAGAUACGUUUGCUUUUGGAAGAUUUUGGAAGAAGAUAAGCCUACAGUCCUGCCUAGAGACUUCUUUCCCCAUCAGCUCUACCUAGUUCUUACGUGUUCUGAGUUUGGGACCUGGAACAUUUUAAUUACUGUGUAAAUAAAUGCCACAAUGGCCUUUCUUUUUAGAUGUAAAGUACUUCAUUCAGCCGAAAACUUUGAACGUUUGGAUUACAACAGAGGAAAAAAAGAAGACAAAACACCUAGGGCUUGGUCAAAUAACUGUGCUUUUCAACCCAAAAUAUGCGUCAGACUUUAAUUUGUUUAUUCGCUCAUAUCAUUUAAUCAGAUUCUUUUAACCCUCUAAUCCUAAUGCAAAACAUUGCUUUUCAUGCAGUUACUACGAGGUUUAUAAAUGCUCUGUUUAUAGAUGUAGUUCAUUUUGGUGGAACAAGAACGUGUUCUUGUAUUAGCAGGUGGUUUCCAUGUUAUUUUGCUUAGACUGCAUUUGGUGUGAGUAGAACAUGUUGCAGCUGGGUGUUUAUUUAUUAUUGUUUUUAUUUUUCAUUUUCAAUCGGUUUCAGUGUGUUAGACUUGACAUACAAUAAACUGAAAUCUGUGCUGUUCA